GUUUUCUUCUUGUUUUCUUUCCAUGGCUCUUUCGUGUAUACUGGCUUGGAAUUGUCGCACUUUUGGUGAGGUUUACUCGGUCCUUGAGUCAAACCAAUUUGGCCUCCAACAUAUGCCAAACACUAUCCUGCUCCCUGCAACAAACCAACCGGGGAUGGAGAUGAAUCUGUUUCGAAUAGAUCUCGGGUUGGAUCACGUUUCUGUGUGGAAUUGUGCAGAGAGAAGGGGCGGCUUGACUCUGCUUUGGAGUGAGGAGAGUAACCUUCAAGUUUCCUCUUUCUCACCAUUGAUAGAUCUAGGGAUGGUUUUGUUGUUCUGCAGGCAAUUGUGCAUAGAGAAACCAUCUCACAUCGAUGUUGUAAUUGUAGAUCCAGGUGGUUGUCAAUGGCCAUCAACAGGGUAUUUUGGCCAAUCAGAGAUGGUUUCUCCUAUGACUCGACGGCGUUUAGGUGAUUUCAAGGAUUUUUUUAGCAGAUUGGCAAAGGAGAGGGGCUUUCUCAAAUUCCAGUUGAUUUCUGCGGCAGGGGCCAAAAGGGGAGAAAGCCGGUGGAGGUUGAUUGGAGACGUCGGAGGUGUUCUGCAAGGGGAGAAUGCCAUUUCAGAUCAUGGUUGGGAGCCCAUGGCGACGAGGGAGGUGCCUGGGUUUGUAUGGAGGGGCUCUAGUUCCCUCCUGUUAAUUGAAACUAUUUUAGGGACGACAUAUAGUGGGCUGGGGACUGCUGAUGUCGAAUUUUCCCUGCUCUCCCCAUGAAGCUGGCUAAAUAGGUGAGGACGUCCAGUAGUUUCAGACACUCAUAGCGACUUCUUUUUUCUACUUUUGUAGCCCUAUUUUUGCCCUUACAGCGAUUGUAGUUACAAUCUUUAGUCAUAGAUGGCCCUCUUCGCUUAAUUGUCCAUAUAUGUCAUGGGCACAGUUUAAAUCUGUUACUAAUGCUGUAGGUUAUGCUUCUGUCUUUCAUUUGGCUAUAAUGCCUUGCUAGAGAUUCUUAUGUAAUCUCUUGAUAUUUAAUAUAAUUCUCUAUUUCUU